GUUGACAAGAAGGUCUAAUAUUUACAUAAGCUGGAUAGCAUGGAAAACCAUUUUUUUCUCCAUACAGUCUGAUCUUUAUUACAAAGUGAACAGAAAAUGAACCCUCCCAAUGAAAAUGAAAUAAGUCCUGAGAAAAUCCCUUUUCCAAAGGGAGUGUUCUUUAUAUUUGCCCAUACAUUCUUAGAAAGAUUUGCGUUUUACAGCAUUAGGGGAGUUAUGGCUUUGUACUUUACCAACAUCUUAGGAUACCAAGAACCGAUAGCAAAAUCGAUUUACCAUUGCGCGGUUGUCUGCGCCUAUUUUUUCCCUUUGGUGGGUGGCCUGAUAUCCGACAGCUGGUUGGGGAAGUUUAAAACCAUUUUCUGGAUCAUGGUCUUUUAUACCGGAGGAAUUCUUUUAAUAGGAUUAGCAUCGAUCGAUCCAUUAAAGUUACCAAAACGUCCUUUAACCAUUUUCGCUUUUGUUAUUAUCGCUUUUGGUACUGGAGGAGUCAAACCGUGUCAGUCUGCUUUUGGAGGCGAUCAGUUUAUUCUACCACAGCAAGACGAACAAUCCAAGCGUUACUUUUCCAUUCUCUACUUCUUCAUCAAUGUGGGCAGCUUCAGUGGAAACUUCUUAAGUCCUUACUUGAAAACGGAGCUUACAUGUUUCAAUAAUACCAGCUGUUAUCCGCUGUCCUUUGGAACUUCCUUGGGCUUGUUAGUGCUUUCUCUAGUUAUUUUUGUCCUGGGCCAUCCAUUUUACCGCAUAAACGAGCCAGAGGGAAACAUUCUCGUCAACGUCACUAAAUGCAUAACGUAUGCCAUCUUCCAUAAGAAGCACGACCCUCCAGUAGACCAUUGGUUAGAUAGGGCAGAACCGAAAUACGGACGUCAGAUUGUAGAUGAUAUUAAAUCACUGAUGAGAAUCCUGCUGCUAUUUAUACCUUUACCGCUGUUUUCCGCCCUGUUUGAUCAAUUAGGUUCAGGCUGGACCUAUCUGGCAACCAGAAUGGAUGGGGAUAUUAGUGACCAGUACACGAUCAUCCCUGACCAAAUGCAGGUACUAAAUCCUGUCCUGGCCUGUCUUCUGAUACCGUUACUGAAUUACGUCAUAUAUCCGCUAUUCAAGAAGUGUAACUUCCUCAGAACCCCCCUAAAGAAAAUGGUUGUUGGAGGAAUGUUGGCAGCGGUGUCGUUUUUUAUGUCUGCUGUCAUCGCUUUAAUCGUGGAAAGUACUUUUCCAGUACCACCUGGAACCGGAGAAGCGCAAUUGCGUAUUUAUGACGUUACAGAUUGCAGCUACCAGUUUACGUCCACACAUAGUAACUUGCCAAAAGUAAAUAUAAGUGAAGGCUAUUAUGUAAAUAAGCAUGUAUAUAUGACUGGUAGCCGGAUUAUGAUAAAUUUCACAUUUACUCCUGCUACAGACAGUUGCGACUCACAGACUUAUUCAUUGACUAUGAAGGAACAAACAGCAUAUGGCAUUUACGUAAAAAGAGGUGUAAUCUCUCACUUUAUUGAUGACGUGGAUAAAAGCACGUCAGGAUUCCCUUUAGUGAGGACUAUGAUAACAGGAAAUGGAAAUUUUCUCACCUACAAGCAUAUUAAGCAUGGCAACACUAUAAAGGUGUUCGAUGGCAUCCUCGUUAAAAUGCCUUAUGCCGGCAACCAUGUGAUAUCCGGUUUUCAUGGAAAACUUGUGAAUUUUAAGUUAGGUGGCACCUACACCGUUAUUGCAAAAAAAGAACCACAAAGCGUCAAAGUAAUAGUAGUAUCGUCGCCAAACUCCAUACACAUUUUAUGGCUACUGCCUCAAUACGUGGUAAUAACGCUAGGGGAACUUUUCUUCUAUGUUACUGGAUGGGAGUUCGCUUACGAGGAAUCUCCCACUUCCAUGAAAGCAGUCGUGACGGCUUGUUUUCUCCUUACCAGCGCUUUUGGUAAUUUGAUCAUAGUGAUUAUUGAAUUGAUUGGAGUUUCUGAAAAACAGUCUAACAACUUCUUUUUAUAUGCGGGACUAAUGGUGUUCACGAUGUUGGUGUUUAUGGUUUUAUCAAUGAGAUAUAAAUAUACGAAUGAGGAAUACGCCGGAAGAUCCAAUCCAGACUAAUAAAGAUUUCAAUAGAUUUAUUGAAAUUCCAUUGUUUUUAACUUAUAGUAUUAUAUUAGCUAUAUGCAGGAAUA